AUGUCAGACGUACUUCAGGAUGACCGCCGACCCGAUGGUCAGAAUUCUUCACAAAGAGCCUUAAAGAAAGACGUGAUGCUCGACGAGUCCCUAGAGCGAGCAGAACCCACUGGGCUACUCAUGCACGCGACAGGGAAAAAUGGAAGAUUUACUGGCGCGCUUGAUUCACUCGACGAUCAACGGGACUACAUCCGUGUAGGAUUUGAGCUGUUAAUAGUAUUGAUGGGUCAAGGAGUCAUACGAGUGCCAGUGGGCGUGAAGUUUAACUGCCAACCUCCUUCUUCAUUAUUCCAACCGCAGGAUGAAGACGACAAAAUGGGUCAUCCCAUUACAUUGGAUUGUCAGUCAAGCUCCGUGCGAUCAAUCAAUAACGCAAAAUUGCACAACGCAAUCUUCAGCGACUCUCAACGUAAAUGGAAUGUGAGGGAUUCGAACGGAAACACCGUGAUGCCGUACAUAAUCACGGGAGAAUAUGGUAUAUGGAACGGUCUCUAG